AAGUACAUACCAUGGUCCAUGGCUUGCCAUGAUGUGCUUUUCUGCUUUAGCUUUCCGCAGACGCCCUCCUUUUUGCUAAAGCCACCUUUUUUACUCUCUUUGGGACGUUGAACUUCAGCUCACAUUGCCCCGCCCCUUCCCAUAAUUCCUAAACAUGGCGUCGUCACACGCUCUUUCUUCCUCCAUGGAAGCAGCCCUCUCAAGCUCCAAUCUUGUCUCUAGGUUUUCAGAGACGCCGUCAGCAUUUCAAUCCAUCAAACCGUUUAAUAGGACCAGUACUGGUUAUCUCAAAGUUAGUUUUAGCCUGCCUUCUACGAGCUCCUUCGGCUGCGGCUCUCCCCGACGAGUGCUCACCCGCGCCGAACUGUCUGGUGAAAGCGGCUGCGAAGAAGAGGAUAGUCAUGAUUUGAAGAAUGAUAAUGGAUUUUUAGUUCCUGUACCGAUUUUUUCAUUGUCACAGUCCAUUACUGGUUAUGCUAAAUGGCUAGUUCAGCUUUGUUGUGAUGGACUCUCUCAUAUUCUGAAGGAUAAUUCAGAUCAAAGAGAAACAAAUAAAAAUGGUUUGGAUCAAGCUCCAAAAGUGGUUACACCCCUUGAGCAAUCAACUGGUGGGGGUACAAGGGCCGGGCUUUUCAGAACUCCCAUUUCUGGAGGCGUACAAAGUGCAACCUCAGCUCAUGGCCUACCUAAACCUGCCUUAGCUGUCCGCAAUCUAAUGGAACAGGCUAGGUUUGCUCAUUUAUGCACUGUGAUGUCCCGGAUGCAUCAUCGGCGAGAAGGCUACCCGUUUGGUUCACUUGUAGAUUUUGCGCCAGAUUCCAUGGGACAUCCAAUAUUUUCAUUUUCGCCAUUAGCUAUACACACCCGUAAUUUGC